ACCUUUCCUGGCUAAAUUAUUGCUCUUUCAAACUGAUUAUUAGUAGCAAGUGGAUAGGAGUUUUAUUUUUUAUUUAUUAUAUAACAUUUUUAACUAUUUUUUUCAUUUCAUUCUCAAUUUGCUUUAAUAAAAAACAACACCUUUUCAAUAUACUUGCUCCUGAAAAAUAAGUUGUACCAUGCAUAAUUCAUUGGAAAAAUUAUAUGCUUAUUAAUCAUGGACGCACUCUUCUCAUUUUUCGAACAUCUGUCAAUACCCUAGUUUCACUUAAAAAUGCGCUGCAUGCCUAAAAAUACAAAUAUAAGAAUUUAAUUCCAUUAAAAACGCAAUUUAGCCUGAUAAAUGACUGGGAAAAUUUUAAUAAACACACGUCACAUGUAAUAGUAGGCCAAUGAUCACAAUUUAUUUUAAUUAAAAUGUAUACAAUUUUUCAGUGAGCUUGUCGGAUUGAAAUGAGACUGUAGAAACGAACCGAAGAUUCAAUUAUAGGCAAAGUGAUGUGAGCUUGUAUAAAUAAGGAGCUGUCCGCAUUGUUUAGUUACGAUUGCAGUCACGCGCCACGCCUCACUGGCUGAUAAGCGGACGUGCAUGGCCAUAAUUUCGAUAAUUUUGGCGUGUGUGUGGCGGUGCGAUGAGCAACUCACGAUAAGCGUCAAUUCAGAUAAGCGUCCGAUCAGUUUAGUUUAGUGUAAGCGAGGAUGUCGCAGCUGAAGCCGCCGUCUGGCCAGCAGCUCCGCCCCAGGAGCACGGCUAAAAGGGCGGCUAUCGGUCAACACAGCCGCUUUGACGCAAGAAUAUCCGACGUUUCCGUGCUGAAGAGGCGUAAUGCAGACUUGCAAAGGCGGAUUGCAACGCAACGGCGUGUGGACAACAAGACGGCGCGACAAACUCUGUUGGAAUUGCUUGCCUCGAUGAAGGAAGAGGCGGAAAAGGGAAUCGCCAGUAGAGGCGCGGCGGAGCGCUCGAGGAAGUCGAUGGCUUUGGCGAAUUCGACGCCGGAGCUGGCGGCCGGGCAAACUGGCGGCGCUGGACGUCGGCCAAAGCUGCGCAAGUCGCUGUCGCUAAGUGGUUCCCGAAUGUUGUUCCACAACUUUCUCAAUACAAUCCGUGUUUCCUCAAAACGGCGAAGCCGCUCUCAAGACUCCAUUUUUGACCUCGCCUAUCUCGACCAGGACCAGCAGGUCGUGCGGAAGGCGGCACGCCAGGCGCAGCAGCGUCGCAGUCCAUCUGUACGCUCACUUUCAGCCGAGCCACGCGCUCCAGUGACCGCCGUGACCCGCGACCCCGCUGGACGCCGCCCCGAGCCUGCAGACAAAUUUUCUAGGAGGAGGCGGCCGCAGUGCAGUGCAAAGGCUGCCGAGCAGAUUCGAGCUUUCGAGCGACUCAUCUCUAACUAUUUGCAGUAUAAUCUGCCCUCCACAAAUCUCUGAUUAUGAGGGUCAAUCCAUCAUGUUCGGAUUGGUUGUUCAGCUUUUAUUUGUAAUCAGGUAAAUUUUGAUUUGAAACAAUUGUCCAGCAUUAUGAUCAUUAACACUUUUAUGUAUUGUUAAGGAAAAAUAAAAAAAAACAUGAUACGCAAUGAAA